UGUGGUAUUAGCGACUUUUUGAGGAGUUAAUAACUUCAUUCAGUUCAUAGAAUUACUGAGAAUAGAAGCAGGAGAGGAGAAGAAGCAGAGAGGAAAGAAAGCGCUAAAAUAUAGAGAGAGAAAGAAGAGAGAGAGAAUGAAACAGAGCAUUCUCAUUCCCAUUCUCUGCUUCGCCAUUUUCGGUUGCAACGGAAUUUGACGACGCGUACGGGAGACUGAGCUCUGAUCCGGGGCGGGCCGGUCAGUCGGAUGGCGAAGACGGGAGUGUUCGAUUCCGAUCCGACGGUAACGGCGAAAGCGGCGGAGUUGAAGAGGGAGUUGCAGAGGCUGGUUAGGGCCAUCGUCGACGACGAGGAUUACAGCACCGAGACCGUCGAUCAGGCCAAGGACGCGCUUUUCGCUCUCAAAGAACUCAAGCUCAGGAAGCGAUCGGUUUCUUUGAAGCUUCACGACACACUCUCUUCUCCUCCGGAGUUUCGAUGCCCUCUCUCCAAGGAGUUGAUGAGAGAUCCUGUUGUUGUUUCCACCGGACAGACAUAUGAUAGACCGUUUAUCCAGAAGUGGCUGAAGGCGGGAAACAGGACAUGCCCUCUUACCAAACAAGUCCUUUCGCACACAAACCUCAUCCCAAAUCACUUGAUUCGGGAAAUGAUAUCACAGUGGUGUAAGUGCCGAGGUAUUGAAUUGUCAGACCCUCUUCACUAUAUAAACGAGGAAGGUAUAACGGAAGCCGAUCGGGACCAUUUUCUUUCUUUGCUCGGAAAGAUGUCUUCAUCACUCCCUGAGCAGAAAGAGGCUGCAAAGGAGCUUAGAAUGUUGACGAAGAGGAUGCCAUCGUUUCGUGCGCUUUUUGGGGAGUCUCUAGAUGCCAUUCCUCAAUUGCUCCGUCCACUCUCGGAAGGGAAGUCACAGAGUGGCAUUCAACCUGAGAUUCAAGAAGAUGUGAUCACGACACUACUGAAUCUCUCAAUCCAUGAUAACAACAAGAAGCUUGUUGCAGAAACCCCCAUGGUAAUACCUCUACUCGUGGAAGCCCUCAGAUCAGGAACAAUUGAAACAAGGACCAAUGCCGCUGCAGCCCUCUUUACUUUGUCGGCUCUUGAUUCCAACAAGGCGCUCAUUGGGAAAUCAGGAGCACUAAAACCACUCAUCGACCUUUUAGAAGAGGGGCAUCCGAUGGCCAUGAAAGAUGUUGCUUCUGCAAUCUUCAAUCUAUGCAUCAUCCACGAGAACAAGGAAAGAGUGGUACGUGAUGGUGCAGUCGGGGUGAUUCUAAGGAAGAUAACCAACCGUAUGCAUGUUGAUGAGUUGUUGGCUAUCCUCGCAAUGAUUGCGACCCACCAAAAGGCCGUGGAAGAAAUGGGAGAUCUUGGAGCCGUUCCUUGCUUGCUCAAUAUAAUCAGGGAAAGUACUUGUGACCGUAGCAAGGAGAAUGGCAUUGCAAUUCUUUAUGCCAUAUGUUUAAACGACCGAACCAAGUGGAAGGAAAUGAGGGAAGAAGAGAAAAAGUUUGGAACAAUAUCAAAACUAGCCCAGAAUGGCACUUCUAGAGCCAAAAGAAAGGCUAGUGGCAUUCUCGAGAGACUGAACAGGGCCGUUAAUUUGACACAUACUGCAUAAGUGGGAUUGUUUUUGUGCUCUUUUGGAGAAGUAUAGUUUGUAAAUUCUACAUCUAUUUUCUUUUUCCUUGUGGCUGGUGGAACUUUGCCAUCAUGUACAUUCUAUAUGUUUCCCUCUUGAGGCUCAGAUUUUCAGGUUUUUGGUCGCCUAGUCAUUGUGAAUAAAUUACGCGAUACAAGCUUGUUUAUGAUCUAUACGAUUUUCUUUUGCCAA